GCAGCCAUAUGGCUGUGAAAUGUUGACAGAGGUGCACUGUAUCCUACCUGAAAAGUUUGGGUGACUAACACUUUUUAGGGGUGUGAAGAUUUAAUAUGCCAAAUCAGUAUUUCAGAUUGAUACAAAUUAAAUUACAAAUGUGCAGAAGUGUACAUUUUUGAUAGGAUGAGUCCAGUAGAUUUUUGUACUCAUAAAUAUUCUGUGAAAAUUGCUGAAGUGUCAUACAGUAUUUUUUUUCAAAUAGUGUUCAUCUUUUUAAUUGUUUUGAAUGAAAAAACAUUAAAAGAGUGAACAAAGGAAAGUUGUAACGAGGUAACUUUGUCUAACUUUUUUUUAUAUCAGUAAUACAUUAUUCUGCAUUUAUAUAUGACCCUACCUGUAUAAACCCAGCUAAGUCUUUUUUGUAAUUUACUCUUUUUGUAAUUUACUUUUUUUUACUUAAAAUCAUCUUACAGGACCGAGUAAUGUCAAAGAUUGAAAUCAAUGAGUGAAAUCAAACUCUUAAUGCUUCAAGUCUCAUAAUUAGAUUAUAAGACUUAAACCUGAAUUUUAAAGGAAAACACCACCAUUUUCAAUAUUUUACUAUGUUCUUACCUCAACUUUGAUGAAUUAAUACAUACCUAUCUUUAUUCAAUGUGUGCACUUUAAAUCUUUGUGCGGCACUUCUUGAAUGUGUUAGCAUUUAGCCUAGCCCCAUUCAUUCCUAUGGCUCCAAACAAAAGUUUUAUUUUGUGCCACCAUACUUACUCGUGUAACUAAUCAUGUAACAGUCUUUAAAUAGGGAAAACAUGGAAGUGUUUGGUGGUUUCUAAAUUCAUCCCUUUUUGGAGCCAUAGGAAUGAAUGGGGCUAGGCUAAAUGCUAACACAUUCACAAGGUGCUGUACAAAGAUUUAAAGUGCAUGCAUUGAAAAAAGAUGGGUAUGUAUUAAUUCAUCUAAAUUGAGAUAAGAACAUAGUAAAAUAUUAAAAAACGGUUUCCUUUAAAGGCAGGCUGCACAUGAAAUAACAAGGAAGUAACUUGUAUUUGUUUGGCAAAUACUAAUUAUCAUGCGUCCUUGUUGGAAUAUUUAAACGUCUACAAGUGGCUUUUGAAAAGGAAAAACAAGUGGUUGUGUAUGCUUGCUUACUGAACUUCAUAUAAAAUUGUUAAGGGAUAUCCACAUCAUUGUGUGGACAAGAGUGUGGAUCUCGCAUAAGGAACGCAAACAUUAUUUGGAUCUGCUGAAUGUGAAUGGUUGUAUGGCAUAACUCUUAUCUACAAAGUGUUAGUUAAGGAAUGAUUUGUGUGUUGCAUGCACUGUAGAGGAAAAGUACAACUUAAGUCGAUAAAUUACUAAUAUCAUUUACCGGUAGGCUAUUCGCCACAUGAUUUCACUGCUAUUCUCCUUUUUUUGUUUGUUAAUAUUAACAUGGGAUGCAAUGUUCCCCUUUCUUUCUUUGUAGAGAAGAUCAUAGAAAAUUAUGAAUUUCCGUCAGCGGAUGGGGUGGAUGGGUGUUGGACUGUACCUGUUGGCCAGUGUCGCUGCAGUGUAUUACAUAUUUGAGAUCAGCCAAACAUACAACGGCCUUGUGCUUUCACAUGUAGAAAAGGCAGCUGGAGCGCAACCAAAAUGGACGGGAGAUACUCCUUCCUCCGCCCCUUUGUCAACCUCAUGGACAUUGACUCUGAAAACAAGACUACUACUACUUCCCUUCUGGGUGUGGGCUGCCAUUUUCCUUUUUCUCUACCUGCAGGUGUUUCUCUUUCUUUAUUCCUGCACGAGGGUGAACCCCAAGACUGUAGGGUACUGCAUUUUGCCCAUCUGCCUUGCUGUGUUUUGCAACCGUCACCAAACAUUUGCCAAGGCCUCUAAUCGAAACAACAGACUGCAAGUGAUUGACACAUGAAGUCAUUGUUUAGGAUGUGGGAUCAGUGUUUGGUAAAAUACAAAAGUGCAUUCAUAAGCAAGAUUACAGCACUGUGGUCAAUGCAGGAAUAUACGUGGAUGUGAUUUUUUUGUUGUUGGCCUUAAACGUUUUUUUUUUAAGUGUUUUCUUUAAAACUAAGGAUUUGAUUUCAGUGCUUUUAUUAUGCAGCAAAAGACUGGACCAUAUGUGGUGGUCUUGAAGUACUUUUUUUAAAAUCGUAGUUUGUUUAAACUGAAAUAAGUCAUAUUUUUACUUUUGUAAUUGAAGUUAAAUUUGAUAAACGAAAUCUACAAUCUAAAUGGUAGCAAUCAAGCCAUUGUCCUAGAUGUGCACCUAGAAUGUUGGUAGGUGAUUUUACAUUUGCAGAAGACUUUUUUCAAACUAUUUAUUUGACAGCUGCAUGCUGAACACCAUAGAUAUGUAUAAAGGCUAGAUGUGUUACGCCGGACUAAUCAAAUGAAUACAACCAGAAAUGUAGAGUUGUACAUUUUUUAAUAAUAAGUACAGUGUAUUAUUUUAGCUGUUUGUACUCAUUCAUAUUCUGUGAAUAUUGAUGCAGUACCACUGAAAUACCACAGACAGUACUUUAUUUCUAAAAUAGUGUUUAUUUUUAAUUUGUGUUGAAUGUGAAAACAUUAACUGAGGUAAUUUGUAUACCAUUUUUAGCAAUGAUAAAUACUGUUUCAUGUCAAUAUUCCACAAUCAAAUAGGAUUUCUGGACAACAUGUUUGUUUAACAAAUAGUAAUUUUCAUUUGUGAUAAUUGUGUUCUUAUAGGAAUAUUUAAACACCUACAAGUGGCUUCUGACAAACCGGUUCUGUGGUUAUGUCUGUCUGAAGUAUUUGUUCACUCAACCUCAUAUCUAAUUGUUGGGGGAUGUCAGUAUCGCGUUCAUGUAUGAACAAGCUUAUCUUGUAUAAAAACACAAAGGUUAUAAGGAUCUGCUGUGUGAGAGGUUGUAAUGAAUCUUUAUCCUUAUCUAAACAUGAGUUCAGCUCCAGAACACAGUAAUUUCAGCCUCUCUUAUGUGAGCUGUACUGCUUUUCACUUUAAAUAUCACUGCUGGUAUGAAGCCAAUGCCUUUAGCCAUGUGUGGAUGGUUUUACUGGUUAAAAUCUACAAAAUAAGGCUAAUUGUUGUUUUGUUCUUAAAGGGCUUUUCUGUGAA